AUGUGCAUCGUUUACUACGCCCAGCAACCCGUCUGUGACUGCGUCUACGUCUCCGGCACCGUCGUGCUCUGCUCCCUCUUCACCGGCCUUGCCGAGAACAGGAACAGGACCACUUUCAGCCCCAAGCUCCUCACGGGGCACUGCCAAGACUUGGAUCUUUUCUUCAACGGUGUCGACUACAUGAGCGUCGAUAUGAAGCAUUAUGACAUAGUGCCGAAUGGGCUCGAUUGUCCCGAACUCGAAACUUGUGAGGCGACGGGGGAGACUGGGCGAUGCCCGCUCUGCGAUAGCCGAGGGGUGUUGAAGUUUCUCAAGGCGAAGGGGAUUGAGUACACAUCUGUCCGUGUCAAAGCCGCGCACGAUCUGCGGGACAAAACAGCAGAGGGGGUGGCCGAGGGCGCGGGGGAGAAGGCAGCGGGCAAGUCUGUGGAAAGGUCUGUAGGCGAAUCGGCGGACAGACCGGUAGGUAGCUCGAGGGAAAAGGGAGGAGUCGUGGACAAGGCAAAUCGCGCACGGAAGAUGGUGGAAAGGGGAAGAAAAGCGCUAGAGGGCAAGAGAGCAAGAACUGGUUUGGCUGAUUCAACGUUAGCAUCAAUGGGGUGGGAUUGA